UAGGGUAUGAAAUGAAUACGCAUGCGCGUGCUCCGCCCCGUCAGCUGACUAUGAUUAAGUGAAAAGUCCUAUCGCCGGUUAGCGACACUCAUUGUUGGGGGAACGUCGAAACGAGAGUAUUCACGUUACUUCCUAUCGAAUGUGCGCACUGAUCAUUCACGAGAAAGCAAAGAUGCUGUUCUAUGGAAUAAUAUCUAUUCUUUUGGUAACUGCCUCUGCAGAAUAUUGUUACAAUGAUGUUGAGAACGCUUGCAGUACCAGACCUACCGCGACUGAUAACCCAUUAGUUCCAAACUGUAAUGCCAAAUAUGGAGCUAUUGAUGUACUUCAGACUGAGCUUCAAGCAUAUGCAAAUGCUAAUAUUGAAACCAGCUUUGAGUUUCUACUCAUAUCUACACAUUUUGGAAAUUAUGAAGCAAAUCGAGAAGGAUUUAAAGAAUUAUAUCGUAAACUUUCAGAUCAAUCAUGGGAAGAUGCUAUAGAUUUGAUAAAAUAUAUUACAAACCGUGGUGGCAAGAUGAACUUUAACCAGCUUCCACGCUUUAAGAAAAAUGUCAAGGAAAGCAGAGUAUUGGAAUUAAAUGAGUUGAACAGUUUAUCUAAGGCACUUGAUACUGAGAAACAACUUGCUGAUGAAGCAUUACGUAUUCAUACUCAAGCACAGCAUCAUACUAAACAAGAUGCAGCUGUUGCACAUUACAUUGAGGAACACUUCACGGAAUCAUUGACUGAACGGGUGAGACAAUUGGCAGGUUAUACAAAUGACUUAAAGAAGAUGUUGGAAGAACGUGACCCAUCUGUUUCCAUAUUUCUAUUUGAUGAAUACCUUCAAAAAGCUUUGUAAAUUGCCUGCAGAUAUAAUUUAAGGUACAUAUAUAUUAUUACUGACAAUAUGUUAUCACUAUUGUUUUGCUUUUAAUUGUGUCUAAUGUUUAAUAUGUAAAAUAGAAGAAAUAAAUGUAUAAAAACUUCUUAUAACCUAUAA